CCGUGCGCUGGGAAAGACAGUGGUGCUGACCAAUACUGCGGAGACCGCCGGUAGGAGUAUGAAUAUGAGCAGAUUCAAUAUCAUAACUGCAGUGGCGGCGUUUGUCGUCCUGUCUGCGACGACGUGUGCCACGGGGAUGGGAGGUAUCUGUCCCAACUUUGAGGUGUUGCCAGGCUACGGUGAGGUGUGUGUGUCCCGGUCUAUGGCCGAAAGCUGGGACCAGGCGGUGUACCGGUGUGCCAAGAUGUGCGGACGGCUGUUCAUGCCUAAAAAUCCAACGGAUGACCACGUGUUGGGAACGAUACUGAACAGAGAAGCUUCGACCAUAAAACUUUCAUACAACAAGCGGGUAUGGUUAGGCGCCUACAGUAAAAACGGCAGUGCCCCCGUCUGGUCGGAUUCAACCCUGAUGGAGAGACCUACCCUCGCGUUCACGUCGUCCAGGUUAGGCUGUUCGGCACUGACGGCAUACGUAGAGCCCUACAGAAGAACGGAGGACUUUGUCGCCGGCAACUAUUCUUGCAUCGGGCCGGAAACGGGCCAUAAUUUUGUGUGUAUGAGAAGUAGCAGCUACUCUGUACCAAAAGGUGGGAGAAACUGGGUCUCGCUCCAUCAAAGUGUGAUUGGAAAAUAG